ACAGUUAAAUCGUUAAUUGGUGAUUUUACUUGCAAUGUAACAAGCUGCCACGUCUCUCAAGUUAGCAAUGAGCACUAAGCGGGACAAGAAUCCAUAGCAACCACACACACAGCCUGCCAAUUAUGCCAUUAAACCCCUUCUUCACCUCCACCACCACCACCUCAGAGCUUCGAAUAUGGCCAUGGCUUUAUCUUCUUCGACCACCACGGUUUCUGCCGCCAUAUUUCACGGCGACCCACCACAUCCCCUGAAGCUCCACCCUGCCGCUGGCGCCAUCUUUCCCCUCUCCAAAAACUUGGCGAACUCCUUCGCCACUGCCCUGAUCCAGACCGGUCGAGAUAACAACAACAACAGUAAGUGGAGAACCAAUGUCUCUUUCCUUCCCGCAUUCUUCAAAUCUCCUGGAAAGGACCUCAAUGCUCUCAAGGAGGAGCUUCUUCAAGCCAUUGCUCCCCUCGAUCGCGGCGCCGAGGCUACUCCGGAGGACCAGAAAUUCGUCGAUCAGAUUGCCCGGAAGCUGGAAUCAGCCAAUCCCACUAAGGAUCCAUUGAAAUCGGAGCUACUGGAUGGGAAAUGGGAACUCUUGUACACUACUUCACAGUCAAUCCUGCAAACCAAGAGACCAAAGUUGCUGAGGUCCAGAACUAACUACCAAGCUAUCAAUACAGAUACAUUGCGAGCCCAAAACAUGGAGUCUGCCCCUUUCUUCAACCAAGUAACAGCAAACUUAACCCCUCUGAGCACAAGAAAAGUGGCUGUGAAGUUUGAUUACUUCAAAAUAUUGGGUUUGAUCCCGGUUAAGGCACCGGAUACUGCUCUUGGGGAGUUGGAAAUCACUUACUUGGAUGAAGAGUUGAGAAUAUCUAGAGGUGACAAGGGGAACCUGUUCAUCUUGAAAAUGCUGGAUCCAUCUUACCGUGUCCCCGCCACUGGAUGAUCAUGAGUGUCAGUCCUCAUUUCCCAAGAGCUCGAUUUGAACUACUACACAUCUCCUCCUGUUGCUGCAGCUGCAACUUUUUUCGUAUAAGGGUGGGUUAUCCAAAAACAGCAUCUCAGCACACAAAAGAGAUUUUUUUACAGUUGGACACUAAAAUCCAAGUGAUUUCUCUAGAAGGCAAAGAAAACAAACUGCUCCGAUCCACAACCUGCGAGGGAAAAAAAACAGCUCCCAGAAAGUAGCUAAAGCGCUAACCUUUCACAAUUACAGAGAGAGCUUGCUUUCUUUCUUCCAUUCAUGGCGGGCAUAGUUUCUUCUUCUUCUUCGUGUCUGAAAAUUCACUACCCAUCAUCAUCGUCAGCAGAAGAAGUUUUCGAUUCCCGGCGGCCAUCUUCACGGCUCACUCUCCUCUCAUCGGAUUCUCCUCCCACAACCCAUUCACGCGGAGUUUUCACCUCCACUAUCAAGUUGAAGGAUUCCAGCCUCUAUGCUGCUUCAGAUUCCUGGAAAUGGCGGACCCAAGUUUCUUCGUCCUCCUCCAAAGAGGGUUCUUCCUCCUCGUCCUCCACCAGGCGGCAAGAUGUGGUCAUCAACCUCCUCAAGUCUCAGCUCUACGACGCGAUUGCCCCUCUCGACCGCGGCGUUGAAGCUACCCCUCAGGAACAACAGCGCGUCGACGAGAUAGCUCGUAAGUUGGAGGCUGUGAACGCAGAAAAGGAGCCUCUCAAGUCCACUCUGUUGAAUGGGAAAUGGGAGCUCCUGUACACUACAUCUCAAUCAAUACUCAAGAAAAAGUGGCCAAAGUUGUUGAGACCAAAUGGGAAAAUCUACCAGGCAAUCAAUGUCGACACUCUGCGGGCUCAAAAUCUGGAAACUUGGCCCUUCUUUAAUCAGGCAACAGCUAAUCUAGUACCUCUAAACGAGAAAAGGGUUGCUGUCAACUUUGAUUUCUUCAAGAUUGCUGGCCUGAUUCCGAUUGAAUCGCCUGGAAGUGGACGUGGGCAGCUGGAGAUCACUUACUUGGAUGAGGAAUUAAGAAUCUCAAGAGGAGACAUGGGAAACCUCUUCAUCCUGAAGAUGGUGGAUCCAUCCUAUAAGGUACCCCUGUAAACUUGGAUCCCUAUCCUGAAUGACAUCGGCCGAGUUAGUUUGAAGAAACGCAGGCCAAGUCCCAUGGAGAGGGAGAGAUCAAGCUAUGUCAUUUCUGUAUAGUUUCGGUCACAUUCUUGGAAUCCAUCGUUUGUACAAUGGACCAAGCUUUCCAGUAGUGAACGUUGGAUAAUACAAACGGUG